AUGCUCAGUUUUUUACCUCGCAAUACCCGCAGCCGCAUGCUGGAUCGCACUCAGCGCAGCUCUGCACCCGCCAAGACCCUCUUGGUUAUAUUUGUCGUGAUCGUUUACCUGUCAUUACCACUUGGGACCUACACGCCGCCUUCUUCCCUUUCCGACCCACAAAUACACAAGACUGUGUCUCAUGCGACGCUGGCAGAACUAGUACACAUAUACGGUCAAGCUAGAUUAGAUACACUACAGCAGAAAGGCUUCCACUUCGCAGCUACUGCUGAAAAGCUACGAGCACCUACACAUCUUCCUGAUGGAAGUACGAAUUUUGAUCCGGACCUGAACAGAUAUGUCGGAAGACUAUGUCGAUUCGUCGAAGAUUACUUUAAGAACACACCUGAACCUAUACAAACCGGAGCGAGGAAUGCACUCAAAGAUCUGCUCAGACGUGCACCUGCCAAAAGUAGACCCAAUCACUUCCCAGCUACCGUCUGGUCAACUCAUCCCAAUGUACCGAUGGUGUGGAAGAAGGAUUCGAUUUAUGGAAGAGUCUUCUACCUCUUCCUUUAUCGAGGAGACUUCUGA